AUGUCUUACAACUUCAGCUCUGGAAAUUUCUCCUCCUCAUCCCUUGGAGGUUUCCUGAGGCCUUCAAUUUCCACCUAUAAUUCUGUCUACCCCAGCAAUGUAAUCAUCCCUCCAAAGACCUACCAGCUGGGCUUCUCUGGCUAUGGAGGACAACAGGAGAGCUUUUGCAAGCCCAUCAACAGCCAGGCAUCCUGUACUGGGACCAGAUCCUUCCAAACAUCUUUUGUCCGCCCAAAUAAUUUCAUCUCCUCCAGUCCUUGCCAGACAAAUUUCAUUGGAUCCCUUGGCUAUGGCAACAUUGGCUUUGGAUCUUUUGAUCGUAGAAACACUAGCUAUCAGUAUCUGGGAUAUGGAUCUAGCUUCUACCGCCCAGCUUACUCUUCUACCAGAAGUUUCCAGUAA